AUGGAUUUCGAAGGUGAUUUUGAAGAAUAUUAUCAACUACCUCCUCCGUCAUUUGAUCGAGUGAAAAAUUUCGGGCGAGAUUUUGAGGCCAAAGGGUUCAACCCAGGAUUGAUUGUAUUGCUUGUAGUUGGUGGGCUACUUUUUUUAUUCUUGGUCGGGAAUUACGUGCUUUACACAUAUGCCCAAAAGACCUUACCACCAAAGAAAAAGAAGCCCGUCUCGAAGAAGAAGAUGAAGAGGGAAAGGCUAAAGCAAGGUGUGUCAGCACCUGGAGAAUAG